GGAUCGCGCCGCUGAAGAAGCCACCGCCCAACGCCGAGCUCGGGUGCAUGACGCGUUGGUCAAACAGAACGAAGCGCUGACCUGGCAGAUGUCCGAGGAUGCGUGGCAGUAUAAAGCCUACACGGAGACGAUGAUCGCGGGGAUGGCGAAGUUGCGGAAGGAGGUGGAUCGGACGAACGCGGCGAAAGAGGUGGUGAAGCGGAAGCACCAUACGAUGGUCGAGUUCUAUACCGACAUGCAGCCAGAGCCGGCGCUCAUCGAAAAGGUCGAGAAGCAGAGACGGUUAAGACAGGAGGCCAUCGAGCGGGAUCGCGAGAAACGGAAGACGUUGCUAGAGAAGCAUGACCAGUUCCAUCAGUAUCUGCAUGAUUUCAUCGAUGAUCGGUCGAAGAUCCUGGCGGACGGCUGUCCCAUGGUCUAUGACGGGGAGGUACGGUGAGUAUGAUGGUUCUUAUUUUAGCAGUCAUGAGCAUGUUUUAUUCAGUAAUAACCAUUUAG